AUGAUUACCUAUUUAAUAGUUCAAGCAUUGUUGCGUACUCUCGUCUUCUUCUUUUCUCUUUACAGAAAAUCAUUCGGGAGGUUAAUCUUUCAAGCCAAAUUCAUGAAUCGAAAACAAACUUCAGCCUCCAUGGUUUGGAAUUAUUUGGUGCGAAAAGGAUUGGAAAAUGGAUUUAAAAAAGUUUCGGAAUUACGAGAGUAUACAAGAAAGAGCAAAUCAAUCUUAUAUCCUCCUCUUCAAUCGCCCAUUUUGGGUUGUGUGAGUAAGAUGGAGAAGGUGGACGCCUUGAGAGGAUCUUUCUGGUUUGCCAUGAAAAAUUGUGAGAGGCCGUACUAUUGUGACACACAUAAUUCUCACCCAAGUCUUGAUCAUGAGAAUCCAAAGGUGAUGAUGUUUAUUCAUGGAGGAGGACAUGUGAGUGGUGGUGCUCUAGGAAUGGAAGCCCAAGCUAUGCUAUUUGCUGUUAGAGACUAUAACAUGAGGAUAAAGAAUUCAUUGGCUCCUCCAUGCAGCCAUGUAUUGUCUGUAGAGCAUCGUCUAUUGGCAGAUCCUGAUGAAUAUAGCACUAUGGAUCGAAAUUUACUGACCAAUUCGGUGGAAGAACAAAUUGAGGAUUGUUUACAAUGUUUGAAAUGGUUUGUCUAUGAGAAACACAUUCAUCCAAGAGGUAUCGUUUUGGUUGGAAAUUCAUCUGGUGCUAACUUAAUUGUGAAUAUGAUUUUACUGAAAUUGAUUAACUCUGAAAGUACGAAUGGCAGAAACAGUAGUAAUCCGAAUGGGGAUGGCAAAGAUCCAUCACAAAAUGAAUUAUGGCCUGUUCAUUCUGUUGCUCUCUUUUCAACCUCAUGUGACAUUUCCAGAACGAUUAUUCAUCAAGAUUUUGUGAAAGAAAACUUUAUAGUUGCCAUUCCCACCAAUCUUCAAGAAAUGUUUGAAAAGUGUUUACAACCAGAAGACAAGAUGAGAUAUUCUGUUUUGAAAAAUUUGAUAAAAAUGGAAAAGAUCGACAAGCAAUUGUAUCACAAACUUUUCCAAUGCAAAUGGGUCGUUAAUUACAGCAAGCAUGAGGAGUUGACACCUGAAAAUGAUUAUUUUGUGAAUUUAUUGAAACAACAUGUUGACCAAGAGGACAAACUGAAAAUUAUCACCGAAGAUUACCAAAUGCAUUGCUAUUCAAUUGGGUACAGUUUAGUGCCGGAAGCAAGACGAGGAGUACAACAAAGUUUGGAAGCAUGCAUUCCAUAG